ACUCCCCCCUUAAACCCCCCAUGUUCCUUUCUCUUUUUGGUCUAAGCAACCAUGGCAUUCUUUAACACUCUCAUCACAGUCUUUCUAUCACUCUCUCUCAUCAUCCUUCUCCUAUGUCCCUCACUUUCUCUCUCCUCCUCCAUUCAUGAUCUUCUCCUCUCAAAAGGGUUACCAGCUGGUCUCUUACCAGAAGAGGUAAAGUCCUACACUUUCUCAGAAGAUGGUCGUUUGGAAGUGUUCCUAGAUGCACCUUGUUUGACCAAGUUCGAGAACAGGGUCUUCUUUGAAAGUGUUGUAACAGCUAACCUCACCUAUGGUAGCCUCAUAGGUGUGGAGGGUCUACAACAAGAAGAGCUUUUUGUGUGGUUACCUGUUAAGGACAUCAUAGUUGAUGAUCCAUCAUCGGGGUUGAUACUCUUUGACAUUGGCCUAGCUCACAAGCAACUUUCUCUUUCUCUUUUUGAAGAUCCACCUCAUUGCAAGCCCGAAGGUGGGUUGAGGAAUCAUGUGAGGAAGGAAAAAGGGUUCGAGGUUCUGAGAUAGAAAAAGAUGCCACCCUGUUAUCGGGCUUCAGUUAUUGUCUUUUUCUAUGUCAUGUUUAUAUCAUUUUAGCCUUUGCAACAAUAGUCAUAUGAGUAGGUGUUUUUUAGCGUGUAGAGGUUGAAGUUGGUUGAGAGCAUGUAAAGAUGUGGGAGAGAGAAAAAAAAAACUAUGGAAUCUUUAUGUCCUAAUCAAAUUUACAAGUUGUAAUCUUCUAAAUCUUGUUCAUUCACCAUUUGUUCUGAUCUGUUUUUGAUGAUAAAAAUAUAUGAUGAUAAGUGCCAAAGCAAAGGAUCAAAUCUUAGGUUAUGUUUUCCCAAAGCAAUGACUAGGAAACUUGCCUACGAA